CAAAGCCCCGCCGAUAUUCCACCUGAGUGUAGUAAGUCACAGAGACUUCGAAGCUGCAGCACACAAUCCCAGGCACCAGUCAACAGUAACACAGCCUGGAGGCCUUGACGAGGCUCCCAGUUUGUCAGGAAGCAGGAGUCUAGAUACUAACUAAGGUCUCUAAACGAACGCUGAUUUAAUAGGCCUUUUGACCUUGCCUUGACUUCCCAGACUUCUAUCUACCAAACACCUCUCUCUCCACUCACCUCUCGGACAUUUGAUUUGUACAUUCUUCAACUAAAGAUCAGCCAUGAGCCUAAACAUGUCGGAAACCAGGCCAGUUGAGCAGCUAUUCCUAGAGUUUCCCAUCCAGCUAGUUCUCAACCCCCGCCCGGGCACCCAGUUCCUAGAGCCGUGGGCGAGCAUGUAUGUCGAUGCUAUACGUGACACUCGAUUUGGGGACGCGGUAUGGGCACGCUACCAUAUCUCUGGCGAUGUAGAAAACGGGAUCGUGGGCGGGUCAAAUGGUAUGACGGUGCUCGAUGUUAUCAAGGAAGAUGCUCUGUCAUACAGGGUGAACGAACCGGAGGAAUACUUUAAGGCUUUAUUGUUUUAUGCAAAUACUAGCAGUGCCGACGGGCAUGCCGAUGUGAUCGAGGUUAUUACCCACCUGGACGAGGGGGAAAUUGCUGAGUUCAAGGCCAAAGAAGAAGCCUGAGAGGCGCCUACGAUUUCAUGUUCAUAUUUAUAAUGUCAGCAGAUUGUCUGAAA